AUGCAGAAGUAUGAAAAAUUAGAAAGAAUUGGCGAAGGCACAUAUGGAACUGUGUUUAAGGCCAAGAAUAGAGAAAAUCAGGGGAUUGUGGCUCUGAAACGUGUCAGGCUUGAUGAUGAUGCUGAAAUAUUUGCAUUUAGCAAACGACUUGGAGAAAAUUUCAAUGAAGCUACACUACGAACAGCAUUAACACACAAGUCGUAUGUUGAGAGGGAAAAAGCCAGAUUGUCAGAUAUGGGAGUGGAUUCCCAUUUACAGAUUCAAAACAAUGAAGAACUUGCUGUAGCAGGUGGUGAAAUGAUAAGCAAAUUUACCAAUGGUUAUUUCAGAGCAGUAUUCACACGAGUCCCAGAAGAACUCAUCAUGGCAAUGCAUGACUUUCUGACUUUUACUUCAAAUUUAGAAACAGUUGGCAAACAUAUUGGGCUUGGUGACUUGAUGCUUUGCUCAGAUUUUCCCUGUGAAUCAGAAACCUAUGUCAAGUCCCUCGAAGCAGUUGUAGCUGCUUUGGCUGAAAGUUCAGGAGAAGAGAGGGCCAGGAUUUUUGUUCAAGAUCUGGUUGUUACACAAUUGUAUGGCUUAGAUAUAAAUGAAUUAUGGAACCCUGCAGAUCCUGUGGGAAAUUUGACAGACAUUCUUAAGUGUGAGUUUUUCUUUCAUUAGCACAAUUUUGUACACUUUUUAUAC